AUGUGGCUAGCAGACAGAAUCAACACUAUCUUUAUGAAUGAGGAUCAGUUCUUCAGAGGUAAAUUAUUUAUUGCCAGAUUUCUAAGUCCAUCCAUCCCAAGAACUAUGAAUAAAGGGAGUAAUAUGACCACCAUAAUUGUUUUAUUUAUUAUUAUUUAUUUCUCAUUAACAACUUUCUCCAAGAAUUUGUAGUUGUAGGAGGGUGUUAUUUUUUAAUAAUUAUAAAAUCCUUUCCUAUAUAAAUAAUUACUAAUCAAGCCCCUUCUUACUUUUUUCCCUCAAAAAAAGGUUUUAUUACAGUGCUAAUAGAUAGGAGUGAGAUUAUUUUAGAUUCCAAAUUAACAAAAACUCGAAUGA